AUGGCCACCUUAGCCCGAUUACAAAGUCGGUCUGCAGUUAUAGGAAACCAGUACUACUUUAGGAACAGUGUUGUGGAUCAAUUUAGGAAAAGGGAGAAUGAUGCAGCAAUUAAAAUCCAGAGUUGGUUCCGGGGAUGUAAAGUUCGGGCGUAUAUCAGGUAUUUACACAAAAGAGUAACAAUUAUUCAAAAAUGGUGGAGAAGUUACUUAGGCAGACAACAUUAUCAACUAAUGGUGAAGAUAGCAUAUUAUACUACGAAGAUGAAUCUCUACAAUACAAUGGCUGUCAGGAUUCAGAGACGAUGGCGAGGCUAUAGGAUUCGGAAAUAUUUCUUUAAUUAUUAUUAUUUGAAGGAAUAUUUGAGAGCUGUGUCAGAGGCUAAUGAUGCAGUCAGGGAAGCACUGGCAGAUUUUUCCCAGACGAAAGAAAGAGAGGAGGAGAAGGCCAAACUCGAAGAGGAAGAGAAGAAAAGAGAUUACCAAGCCCGAAAGAUGCAUUACCUCCUCAGCACAAAGCAGAUUCCAGGUAUAUACAAUUCACCAUUUAGAAAAAAGCCUGACCCCUGGGAGCUGCGAUUACAAAAGGCAAAGCCUUUAACCCACAAAGUACCCAAAGUUAAGCAGAAGAGUGCCAUAAACCUUGACAGCUGGCUAGCUUGUACGAGCACUCGUUCUUUUCCUCGGUCUGAAAUUCUGCCACCCAUUAAUAGGAAGCAAUCUCAGGGGCCCUUUCGUGAUAUCACUGAAGUAUUGCAGCAACGCUAUAAGCCUUUGGAACGAACCUUGUGGAUGGCAGAACCAAUUGAUGAGUUAAAGGAAGCCAGAGAGGCAUUGAGAAGAGAGGAAUGGGUACACAACAUAAAUGAUAAUAUGUUUUUGCCAUUUUCUUCAUACCAUAAAAAUGAAAAAUAUAUACCAUCCAUACGUUCAUCAAGUAAGUAUCGUGCUGAUUCUUAUGGACAUCAACAUUUCCGGGAUGAAAAUCCUAAGAAAUGGAUCAAUGGCAAGGGUUUCCAAACUGUGUUAUCAUCAUUUGAUCUCUUCUCAAACUAUGGAAAAUUAUAUUCAAAAGCUGGACAGAUUGUAUAA